GUUUCUCACUAGAAAUUGAAUUUAGUUUGCUUUUAUCAUAUGACGAAUUGAGACUUGAGCGCUCUGCAGGCACACGAAAAAAAAAAUGAGCUUACCGGAUUCUCUGAGUAAAUUAUUUGCUUACAUUGAUAACAAUAAGGUCAACUUUAUCGAGACUUUAAUUGAGGCUGUUGCUAUUAAGUCAGUAAGUGCAUGGCCUCAAACCCGAGAUGAGUGUCAAAGGAUGAUAAACUGGGCACAGCAAAAGAUGGAAGCACUGAAUAUUUCCUGUAAACAGGUGGACAUCGGUAGCCAAGAUCUUCCCGAUGGAACUAAAAUUAAAUUGCCGAAUAUUUUGACCGGAACGCUCGGAAAUGAUCCAGCAAAGAAGACAGUCUUGGUUUAUGGACAUCUUGAUGUGCAACCAGCUGCAAUCGAAGACGGAUGGGAUACAGAUCCAUUUGUAUUAACACCAAAAGAUGGAAAAUUGUAUGGGCGAGGAUCUUCAGAUGAUAAAGGUCCCAUACUCUGCUGGCUCAAUGCAAUUGAAGCCUACCAACGUCAAAACAUCACUAUUCCAGUCAACAUUAAGUUUGUUUUUGAAGGAAUGGAAGAGAGUGGAAGUAUUGGUUUACACAAGUGCCUAAUGUCAAUGAGAAGAUGGUUUGAUGAUGUUGAAUUUGCAUGCAUUACUGACAGUCGAUGGCUUGGGAACUAUCCAUGUGUUACUUAUGGUCUGAGAGGACUUGCUCACUUUAAUUUAGACAUUGAAUGUGCGAAAAUGGAUUUACAUUCAGGAGUUUUUGGUGGAACUGUUUACGAGGCUAUGACUGAUUUAUUUAACUUGAUGGGUCAACUUGUGGAUGUAAAUGGUAAAAUUCUCGUACCUGGAGUUUAUGAUGAUGUUGAGCCGGUUAAACCAGAUGAAGAUAAAAUUUAUGAGAAAAUUGUGUUUGAUGUUGAUGAAUAUCAGAAGUCUAUUGGCACACCUGGAAGGCUACUCUAUGAAAAUAAGAAAGAUUUGCUUCAACAUCGUUGGAGAUUUCCAGCACUAUCGAUCCAUGGCAUUAGUGGAGCUCAUUGCAAGCCAGGACAAAAAACUGUGAUACCUGGAAAAGUCACUGGAAAGUUCAGCAUUCGUCUCGUUCCAAACCAAGAUCCAAACAAAAUUGAGAAGCUAGUCGUCGAUUAUUUGUCAAAAAAGUUCAAAGAAUCAGGCUCACCGAAUCUCAUGAAAUGUCAAAUGUCACACGGUGUUCGAGCAUUCACUGAAAAUCCAAUUAAUCAUAAUUUCCAAGCUGCCGUGAGAGCAACUGAGCAUGUUUAUGGUGUGGAACCGAAUCUCAUAAGAGAAGGAAGUACAAUCCCAGUGACACUGACUUUCCAAGAAGUUACUGGCAAAAAUGUCCUCUUACUGCCAAUUGGAUGUGGCGAUGAUGGUGCACAUUCACAAAAUGAGAAGAUUAAUGAGAGGAACUUUAUUGAAGGAUCUAAAGUGCUUGGUGCUUAUUUGUAUGAGCUGUCGAAAGUUUUGUGAUUUAAAGACUGUUUAUUUUAAUAUUUUGUACAUCUGCGGUCAGUAUUAAGCGUCAACCCUAGUUAUAAAUCCUAGUUUGGCAGGGAUUUAUGAGAGUAACUGAACCUGACGAUGAUUUAAGAAAACUUUUGAAACAAAUUUUGUAAUAAAAUAUUUUAUAAUACAAAGAACUA